GCAUGCGUUACGAUUCUGUCUCUCCUAUCUUCCCUACGUAGACGCGUGUACACACACGUUUCUCUUGCCAGCUGUCGCUGACGGAGUGGCGUGCAAUAGCGCAAACGCACAAGACGUAAUACCGCGCGAUACCCUACGUCGGCGCGAUUAGCAACAUCGGCGAAGCCAGGCCAGUGCUUCUCGUCCCUUUUGUUAGAACAGUUCUCUCUCUUCGCGCGCUCUCGGAGGCUCCAGGUGAUCGAGAUCAUCCCCCUCGAGAUCGGAAUCUCGAAGGAUUCGAGCGAAUUUUCUUUCUUUUCCACGGUGAAUUUCUAUUUCUACAGCCCACCUAGGGUGGCGCGCGACAAUCGCGCGCGACUUCCCUUCUUUCCUUAUACUUUUCGCCCGGCCGGCCGGUCUUCGUGGACAGUUCAUUAUGAGAGGGAGAGAAUGCGGACGCGCUUUUACCGGCCUUGGGAAUAUUAGACUCGUCUAAAAGAAGUGGGCUAUGCAUGUGGACGCGUUCGUACGCGUGCGGAAGUCGCGACACUCUUUAUAUACGUGCCGAAAAAAUACAUGCCAAAGAAGUUUCUCAACGGAAAGACGGAAUCGGGGGAGAGAAAGAGAGACGGAGAAGAGUGGUGAGAGAAUAGUGAGGAAUAACGGACUGAGGGCAUGUCAACGCGCACACAAUUCUGCGCAAAGUUUGAAACGCAUAUCAAAAUGGGAACGACUAAUGCACAAACCAAUUCGGGACACGCACACGAUGAGACCCACUCGAGGGGAAGUUCAAUCGACACAUUCUUCGCCGAAACGGUGAUUCUUCUAACCGGUGCCACUGGUUUCCUAGGGAAAGCCCUCCUGGAAAAGUUGCUGCGCUCGUGUCCUCGUGUGGCCAUGAUUUUCGUUCUAAUCCGUCCAAAAAAGACCCAAACCAUCGAAGACCGCUUCAAGGAAUUACUGGAAAAUCCUGUUUUCGAUAGAAUACGAUCAGAAUUUCCUGGUGUCUUAAAUAAGAUCUACCCUGUAAAGGGCGAUGUGGGCCUGCCGGAUCUGGGACUUCAGCCCGAAGACAGAGAUAUGCUGAUACAACGUGUUAAUAUUGUUUUUCAUAGCGCGGCCACCGUACGUUUCAACGAGUCAUUAAAGGUAGCCGUUAAUCUGAACACAAGAGGCACAGAUCGCAUAUUGGACUUGUGCAGGCGCAUGACAAACCUCAUUAGCGUCAUUCAUGUUAGCACGGCUUACAGUAAUGCCGAUCGACGAGAAAUCGAUGAAUCGAUAUAUGCCACAGAUAUAAAACCGUAUACAGUAAUCGAUAUGUGCGAAAAUUUGGACGACGAGACGAUAGAAAUAAUAGAGAAGAGACUGAUCGGUAAUCAUCCAAAUACCUAUACGCUAACGAAAGGUUUGGCAGAACAAAUUAUACUGUCCAAGGGAAGCGGUUUACCGAUCGCGAUUGUACGACCGAGUAUAGUCUGUGCCGCAUAUCAAGAACCAUUUCCAGGCUGGAUAGAUAAUGUUUGCGGUAUCACAGGUAUAAUGACGGAGAUAAGUAGAGGUACUAUUAGGAGCAUCGUGUGUAACGCAAAUUUAGUAGUAGACGUUGUACCUGUCGAUUUUGUUGUCGAUACUAUAAUAUGCGCAUCCUGGCAUAACGCUAUGCAACGUAGCGAUACGAUAAAGAUUUACAAUUGCACCAGCAGCGCAACGCACCCGAUUACCUGGCGCGAAUUCGGAUAUCUUACGAGAAAACACGCUAUAUUGUCCCCGUCGAAAUACGUGAUGUGGUACCCGGGCUUUACGUUUAGGACGAACAAAUUUAUUCACGCUAUUAUGGUAGCCACGUUGCACUUCUUACCUGCGUUUAUCGUAGAUCUUGUAUUAAGAGUCCAAGGUUGCAAACCUAUAAUGAUGAAAAUCACCAAACGCUUCGAACGCGCUGCUAAAACCGGAGAAUUCUUCGCAAUGAACGAGUGGAAAUUCUGCGCGGAGAACAUGAUGAAAUUAGUGAAAUUUGUAAGCGCUUCGGGAGAUUGCAACGACUUCAACAUAGAUAUUAGAAAUUUGGAUUGGGACGUGUAUUUGCAUCAGUACAUGUUGGGAAUUAGAAAAUAUAUUUUGAAAGACAAUCCGGAUACGUUAAAUAAGGCUCGAAAUCGUUUAUCGAGAUUAUAUUGGAUGCAUAAAUUAACUAAAAUAUUCAGCAUAUUCGUAUUAGUAGGAAUGAUCAAACGCGCUAAUCGGUGAUAUAUCACCGAGAAACUACACGAAAACUGUUGGAUCGUAAUUUUAGAAACGCCGAUGCUGCAAGAAAAAUUGCGGAAAGGAAUAUUUUAGGAAAGGGACCUAUAACUCACGCUUUACUUCAAAAACUAAACUGUGUCGCGCGAAUAUUUUUAUAUAUUAAAAAUAUUAAUUUUUAAUAUAUUAAAUAUA